UUGACCAUUUGAGCUCCAAUCAGUUAGUUAGGAAUACAUAUCUCCAUAGGACUUUACGCAUCUAGGCUUUUUACUGACAAACAUGGAGGAGCAACGGUAUCCGGUUAAUGUCCGACUGAUUGGAGUGAUGCACAAGGAGAAAAGCAAAAUGUACAUGACAUCGGUGCUUUGGUCAGAUCAGAAUGACAUCAUUGUUUACAGAACCUUCAAGGACUUCAAGACACUUAAUGAACAAAUGAAGAAGAAAUUCCCACCUUCGAACCCACUUAAAAAAUCUGACAGAAUUAUUCCUAGAUUUCGAGACUGGAGGAUGAAGAUAAACACAAAGAAUAAUGGUCCAAGCAAGUCGGUGGUCCAGCUCAAGUUUUUGGAGAAAUACUGCAGCGAGCUCCUCAGCUGUGACCCGCGCGUCUCACAGUGUCCUGAACUCAUCCGGUACUUCCACCCCAAAGACCAAGACCUACAGCCAGAGUUCGCCAAGAAUAGUAUCAUGAUCAUGCCUUCAGAGGAUUCCGCUGGACAUGACAAGAGUGUCAACAUUGGCAAUGUUACGCAGCCGUUCGUAACAGAGGCAUACCGGUGCAUGGCACCCUAUGAGACCAAAGACACCAAGAACCGGCCGUUCAAAGUGGCCGUGGACGAAAACUUGGACGUGCUCAUCAAAGACAAAGCAGGCUGGUGGCUGGUGGAGAAUGAGGACAAGCGUAUGGCCUGGUUCCCUGCUCCAUACCUGGAGAAGGUAGAGGGGGAUGAGGAGGACGAUAGUGACGGGUCCUAUGGAGAAAGUGUGCUGUACAGUGCUGUCAGAAGCUACAAAGCCACAAAUGGAGACGAGGUGUCUGUGGACAUUGGCUCAGUGGUGGAAGUCCUGCAGAAGUCUGACAAUGGCUGGUGGCUGAUCAGAUACAAUGGCAAGACCGGCUAUGGACCUGCCAUGUACCUGCAGCCCUACAACAACCCUCGUGUCCGCCUGGCGGCUCUCAACCUGGCCCAGCUGCAGGUCCACGGCUCCAGCUCUGACCACACACUGGCCGGACACUCCCACGAGCGCAGCUGUUCCCAAGGCAACCUCCUGCAGCUGCCCGGCUGCCGUCCUUCCACACCAAAUCAGCUCAAGCCUACCGACAAGCUCAAGUCUCAUUCUUUUAAUGUUCUAUCUGUGCCUCGGCCUAGCCCUUCACCUGUGAUGGUCACCACCCCUGCCCUGGCAUACCCCAGCAAGGGCACUCCAACGCCUACUGUCAUGGUGGAGGUGGAUAGACACAAGCACAGCCUCGCUGGCAGCAUGGGAAGCAUGGGAAGCGAGGGCAGCAUGGGAAGCGAGGGUAGCGACUUCAGCUUCAGUGACGACCUCAGUUCGUCGACCUGCAGCUCGUCACUCAACCUGAGCCGCGCUGACAUGGAUGAGCAUCUCCGGCGCGCCCGCACACCGCCGCCCAUGGUGGCCGACCGCCUCCACCCCGACAGCGGCGUGUCGGAGGGGAGGAUGGUCCACGGAAGAUCUGACCCAAACCUGUUCAAGAUGGCCCCCACCACCCCCAAGGUGCCCCCCAGGCCCAGGGCGCAGGAGAUCCUGACGCGCUGCACUACCGUCACGCGCAAGAACGCCUCCAAAGCCAAGCUGUCGCCAGCGCCUGCUGUGAUACUGAGACGCUAAAUUGGAGCAGUGUUGACCCAAAAUGGUGGUGGGUCCAGACCCACUGGUGAGUCAUGGGUAGCCAGUUCCUCCUUAGCCUUUUAAAACCGAGGGUGACGACUGGGUUGUGGCCAGGACAUGUGGUGUGGUGUCUUGAUGGGUUCCAGGAAGAAUCCAAAGGCUUUAGCACAGAAAGUGUAGAAAGUCACUGUACUAGAAGCCCAGAAGACAGACUGUGGGAUUUAUCCAUUAUGAAGUUACCUGAAUAUGAUUACACUGUGACAUGGUUUACAAGUGUUUAACUGCCUUGGGGCUGGUCAUGUAACCAUGAGUUGUGAUAUGGGAGGAAGAAUCAUACAUUACUGUAAUACUCUGAGUCACAUAUUGAGUCUUUAUUUUUUUAAUGUGGAAGUUUACUUCUUGCUCUGUUCGUCAGGCCUACUUCCAUGCACCUGCAGAUGGAUACUGAUAACUGCAUUGUAGACAUUAUUUUAAUACUGUCUGUUAAUUCAGGAUUUAUUUUGUGGAUGAACAAAUAUUACGGUUGGGGGUUUACUGUCAUUUAUUUGCAUUCCUGUUUUAAUGAAUAACUUCUCUUCACUUAAAAAUGUGAAAAGUCAGGUCAUAUACUGGUAUAAUUAAAAUAUACACCUCUGUGAAUAAACAUUCAGUAGCAAUUUAGAUAGGCUUGAUAGAAAAAAUACAAUAUUCUGUGAUUGUCAUGAAUUAGUGUCUUCUGUUAUAUCCAAAAAUGUGUUUUCAUAGUUUCUGCUGUAUGGCCUUUUAAUCUAGAGAUCUCUAUUUUUCCAUACUGGAAAACUGUUAUUAGCAACUAUGGUUGAUUCCAUUUCAUAUUGUACUGCAAACUGCAACACAUUCUAAUACAUUAUUAUACUAAAAUAACUAGCAACUAUAGAUGAUAAUAUAUCAUAUUGUACUGCAAAAAGCAAUAACUUCUAACUUCUGUCUUGGAGUCACCAUUUCUAUCCACCACUAGCUUACUAUGAAUCGUACUCUUAUACUGUUAGAGCUCUCCCUGAGUCCACUGGCUUAUACUGUUAGAGCUCUCCCUGAGUCCACUGGCUUAUACUGUUAGAGCUCUCACUGAGUCCACUGGCUUAAACUGUUAGAGCUCUCCCUGAGUCCACUGGCUUAAACUGUUAGAGCUCUCCCUGAGUCCACUGGCUUAAACUGUUAGAGCUCUCCCUGAGUCCACUGGCUUAAACUGUUAGAGCUCUCACUGAGUCCACUGGCUUAAACUGUUAGAGCUCUCCCUGAGUCCACUGGCUUAAACUGUUAGAGCUCUCCCUGAGUCCACUGGCUUAAACUGUUAGAGCUCUCCCUGAGUCCACUGGUUUAUACUGUUAGAGCUCUCCCUGAGUCCACUGGCUUAAACUGUUAGAGCUCUCCCUGAGUCCACUGGCUUAAACUGUUAGAGCUCUCCCUGAGUCCACUGGUUUAUACUGUUAGAGCUCUCCCCGAAUCCACUGGCUUAUACUGUUAGAGCUCUCCCUGAGUCCACUGGUUUAUACGGUUAGAGCUCUCCCCGAAUCCACUGGCUUAUACUGUUAGAGCUCUCCCUGAGUCCACUGGUUUAUACUGUUAGAGCUCUCCCCGAGUCCACUGGGUUAUACUGUUAGAGCUCUCCCUGAGUCCACUGGUUUAUACUGUUAGAGCUCUCCCUGAGUCCACUGGGUUAUACUGUUAGAGCUCUCCCUGAGUCCACUGGUUUAUACGGUUAGAGCUCUCCCUGAAUCCACUGGUUUAUAUGGUUAGAACUCUCCCUGAAUCCACUGGCUUAUACUGUUAGAGCUCUCCCUGAAUCCACUGGCUUAUACUGUUAGAGCUCUCCCUGAAUCCACUGGCUUAUACUGUUAGAGCUCUCCCUGAAUCAACUGGGUUAUACCAGAGAUCCCAGACUUUUAAAAAAUGUGACAGAUACACAGGGUGACAAUAUGCUUAACAGGCUGGACCAGUCUAAUAUGGCAAAGGAAUGUAGGCCUGACCUGUUCACCCUUUCCUGUGUCAUGGUUUAUACUCCUAUGGAAAUCUUAUGUUAAAUAAGUUCAUAAGUCAAGUCUUCAAACACUCUUUUACAUGAACAUAUUGGUUGAUGUUUCAAAUGAAUAUGAACUUAUUAAAAAAACAGCACAAAUA